AGUUGACUUGUGACUACUCUCCCCCAAGAUGGAAGGAACAAUAGUACUGUAUCCAGCUCCAAGCAUAGGUCACAUAGUGUCAAUGGUUGAAUUAGCCAAACAUCUCCUCCAACACCAACAAUGCAACACCACUAUCCUCCUCACCACCGGCCUCCUCGACCACCCUUCCACCGACGCCUACAUCCGCCGCAUCUCCACUUCCCACCCUUCCGUCUCCUUCAUCCGCUUCCCCCUCGUCGCCUUCAACACCGCCGGAACCCACAGCUUCGCCGCCAGGGCCUGCCAAUUCAUCCGAGAAAACGCCGCCAACGUCACUUCCACCCUCAAAAACAUCUCCCAAACGUCAACAACCACAGUCAAAGCCUUCGUGAUCGACCUGUUCUGCGCGUCGGCGAUGGAAUCAGCCACCGCCAUGGGAAUCCCAGUGUACUACUUCUUCACUUCAGGUGCUGGCGUUCUUGCACUUUUCUCUUACUUUCCCAGAAUCCACGAGAUUCUGCCUCCCAAAUCGUUGAAGGACAUGGCGGAGGUGGAGAUUCGAGUCCCCGGUGAUUCGCCGCCGCCGCCGCUGAAGGCGUUGGACAUGCCGGAGCCGAUGUUGGAUAGGGACGACCCUGCAUAUUGGGAUAUGUUGUAUUUCUGCUCACACAUUCAAAAAUCAAAUGGAAUAAUAGUGAACACCUUUGAAGCGCUUGAACCUGUGGCGGUUAAGGCCAUAGCAGAGGGUUUGUGUUUUCCAGAACCCAAUGAAGCUCCUCCUGUUUACUGUGUUGGACCCUUCGUAGCGGACCCACAACAUUCAGAUGCAGCAGCGGAUAGUAAAUAUUGCUUGUCAUGGCUUGAUGAACAACCGAGUAGAAGCGUGGUGUUCCUCUGUUUUGGAAGCCGUGGAUCAUUCACAGUGGCUCAGUUGAAUGAGAUAGCUUUUGGGUUAGAGAGAAGUGGACACAGAUUCUUGUGGGUUGUGAAAAGGCCAACACACAAUGAGGGAACGAAGCAGAUUCAUGACACAACAGGGGAAUUCGAUUUGAGUUCAGUGUUGCCAAGUGGGUUUAUGGAGAGAACCAAAGAGAGAGGCCUUGUGGUGAGUUCAUGGGCCCCACAAGUUGAAGUACUGAGUCAUGAAUCGGUGGGUGGGUUUGUGAGUCACUGUGGUUGGAACUCAGUGCUCGAAGGGGUUGUUGCUGGGGUGCCAAUGAUUGCUUGGCCGUUGUAUUCUGAGCAGCACGUGAAUAGGAACAUCAUGGUGAAGGAGAUGAAGGUGGCUGUUGGGGUUGAGCAGAGGGAAGGAGAUGGGUUUGUGAGUGGUGAGGACGUGGAGAAAAGGGUGAAGGAGUUGAUGGAGUCAAAGAGAGGGAGAGAGAUAAGAGAGACAAGUUUAAAGAUGAAAGAUAUGGCUGUGGCUGCUGUUGGAGAAUCUGGGUCAUCCACAAAAGCACUUGCCAAGUUGGUUCAAACAUGGAAAGGAAUCAGUAACUAAUGCCAAUUGGAUGUUCAAUUUCUUCCAAAGUGUAUUGUGAUUAGUAUUCUGCUCAUUUGUCCCUUGUGUAAGAUUAUAAUAUAAUAAGCUUUGGAGUAUGGAGAGCUUAUUCUAUUAGCAAUGAAGUCGUCACAGGUUUAAGAAGAAAUUUUAAAGGUUAGUCUAUAUUACAUACUUUUCUUAAAAUAUUCUUCCUCAC